AUGUAAUAAGUGGAACCAAUAAUCACAAAAUUGAGAUUAUAAGAAUUAGAUGAAUAUGAACCAUUGAAGAGAUUCUUAUUGAAUAUACGGUUAUUGAUGACAAUAAUAAUAUAAAUAGCCAAAAAUAAAGAUAUCCCAGAUCACAUUUGGAGCUUUAUUAAUUUCAAUAUUGUGUACAUUAAUAGGUAUAGCACCAAGAGUUGUUAUUGGUUUAACUGGAUGUUUGAUACCAUCAAUUUAAGCAAUAAAUAAAUAUUAGAGAUAAGGUAUUUAUAAGAAAGUAAUAAAAUGGAAAUUAGGUGAGAUUUACACAUGCCUACCUUAUUUUAUAAUAUUUUCAACAUAUUUGACAUUCUAAGGAUGGAUAAUGUGGAUCUUUUAAUUUAUACCAUGUUUAAAUACAAUGUGUUUAUUGUUUGUUAUAGCACUUUAUCAUCCUGAUGUACAAUUAUCAAAUUAAAUAUGGAAUUUAUUGUAAAAAAUAUUAUGA